AUGUCCUUAUUCGGCGCGCCUCCCGCUGCGGAGGCGCCUAAUCACACCCGCACGCCUUCACACUCACGUUCCAACUCUUUUUUCCAUGGCCGCCGCCCUUCGCGCUCCUCCUCCCUCGUCUUCAAGGAUUUCCCCCCGCAAAUCUCGCACCAGCGCGAUCCGUCCUUUGCGGAAUGGACCGGCGGAAAGGACCCCCGCACAUUGGCACCCUCCUCAUCCCCACCGCAACCCACCGUUCCGCCGCAGGAACCGUCGGACUCAUCUCCCUCGGACUCCUCUUCCCCUCCGCCAAACCUAUUUCCCCUAAAGGAGCCGCAACAGGCGGCUUCCCCUCCGUCAUUGCCGCAAUUAGGCAAGGUGAAGGAGCAAUGGCGGUCCAUCUCAAGCCUCUCUCUCCCUCGCGCAUUUUCCGGCCGCCUCGAGCACCUCGCAAUCCCAUCCCCCUCGGUCGAGCACGCUUCUAAGAACCGCCCGCACCCCUUCUCUCUCUUCCUCUCCUCGCUCCAUGAUUCUCCGUCCGAAAGUUCUGCAGAGCCUUCCCCCGCGUCGCUUAUCAACUCCCCGAACUCCCCCGUCUCCCCCGACUCUCUUAACUCCCCGUGCUACUCCUAUUCCACCGCUACUAGCUCCGCGGCUUCGACGCCUUUCGGCGGGCCGCCUUCGCUCUCAUCUCUCACCACCACCCCUUCCUCCGCCUCCCCUUCCUCCUCCACCUGGUCGGACCUCUCCCCCUCCGUCGCCUCCUCCUGCUCCUCCGCCGCCUCCCCGUACCCGCUGCUCCGUCUCGCGCUCGACAGCCCCUCGGCGCGCAGCCCCUCCGUGCGGAGCCCUUCCGCUUCCGCCAAGGGCGCAGCCGCGCGCCUCUUCGACAGCCCGCGCAGUCGGUGCCAGAGCCCGCUAAGUCAAAACAGUCUUCCGCCGUCGCAUCUGCAACCCACCGCCCACCAUGGCACAUUUCCGCGCUCAGGGAGCGGCGGAGCUACUGCGCCCAGCCUCCUCGGGGGAGCCGCCAGCGCCUCCGCGUGUGCCGAUGGCGCGGUUGGCGGUAACUUGUUAACUAGCCCUGCCGCCGCCAGCGGGAGCCCCAAUGGCGGAACCUGUAGCGCCCGAACGAGCGAGCGAGCCGAAAGCGCGCUGGAUAUCACAAGCGGGUGCAGCGACGGGCCUUAUCUCCAAAUCGGCCGCUCCUCUGCUGACACGUGUCAGGAAUCAACGGCAGAGCUCGAUCGCGGUUUGACGGACGUGGCGGCUGCAGCCGCCGUCGCCGCCGCCGUGGGCGGGCCAUGGGCGGCAGUGGAUCGAUUCCGAGUGGAGAGCAGUGCAGGGGCAGAUAGGCGGGCGGAACGGUGGGCGGAUGGCAUCAGCGCAGCGGAGGGCCGCGCGCAAGAGCAGAGCCAUCACCGCCGCAAACAGCAGCAGCAACAGCAGCAGCAGCAGCAGGAGCCGCAGCAGCCGCAGCAGCAGCAGCAGGAGCCACAGCAGCCGCAGCAGCAGCGGCAGCAUGAUAGGAGUGCGGGGAGUGAGACGGAGAGCGAUGGUCCCGGAAGGAGGCGGCGGUCGAAGGAUGGCAAUCGCAGCGGAAGCGGGAGUGGGAGUGAAGGAGAGGCGGCCAGCCGGUCCGGGCGGCAUAGGCGCGACAGUUACAGUGACGGUCAGAGAGACGGUCACAGGCACCGGCUCGAGGGGCGGCAGCAAGGGAAGGAGAAGGGGAUGGGUGAGGAUAGCAACGAGAGCAACGAGCGGCAGAUGUACCGGCAGAAGCGGCACCAGCAGCCCUACGACCGGCACCAUCACCAGCACCGCCACUCGCAGCAGGAGCUGGAAAGGAAAUCGCAGCAGCCGGAGCGAGCCGUGCAAGGGCGGGAGAGGCGAGACUCUGUGGACUUCUGGCUGUACAAGUCGUCGAGUGUCGGUGCUGGCCCGCAGCAUAUUGCUUUGGAGGAUGUUGCAAGUGCAGGGUUGACUGGGCGUGUGUUGGGUGGUCGCGAGGGAGUGUCAGACAGGAGCAGUGCGGCCUUGGAAGAGAAUGGGAGGGGGGGAUUUGCAAUGGAGAGGAGUAAAGGGCCUGAGGGCACGAUGAAGGUGGGACGAGGGAGAGAGAAGCAGAGUGAGGGGAGGAGUUCGGCAGGGCAGGUGGAGGAUCAGGUGUGGGAGGUGACCGCAUGCUUGCAACCUAAAACGCUGUAA